CAUUUCAAAGGAUGGACAGCAGCAGCACGAGUGCAGAUCGGGAAGUAGAGCAACAACGACUAGGGACGGCUUGGAUUUUGCAUCACCACUCUAUCGCAGCCGGCGAUGGCUACUCCUCAUCAAUGCAAUCAUGUCCUUACUACGUCCAGAGUCCAUUAUCAUCGACCCUCGACGACGACGUCGCCGUCAAAGCUUCCGACGAGGAAGAUGAACAUGAUGGUGGUGGUGGCGGUGGUGGAGAGGAGUAUUACUAUGAAAAGAUGAGACCAUCUUCCGACCAAGGCGGCGGCGUUUGGCGGAGGUGUUUUUCCUUCAGUAGGAGUUCUUCCUGUUCGUGGAUUUCGGUGCAGUUAUUAUGGAGGUUUUUGGUUAGUUUCGGGCUGGCUCUCCUUGUGUUCUACAUUGCUACCAAGCCACCUCCUCCCAAGGUUUCUGUCAGAGUAGCAGGAAUGAGUGAAUUUCAGCUAGCAGAAGGAGUGGACUCAACUGGUGUGACGACUAAGAUCCUCACCUGCAAUUGUUCGCUGGAUGUAUUAAUAAAGAACAAGUCCAAACUCUUUGGUCUUCAUGUUCAUCCCCCGAUCCUUGAAUUGUCAUUUGGACAUCUCCUCGUCGCCAUGUCUCGCGGCUCCAAAUUUUACGCUGAAAACCAUGAUUCGACGUCCUUUCGACUUUAUGUUGGGACGAGGAACAAACCAAUGUAUGGAGCUGGAAGAAACAUGCAGGAUUUGAUGGAGUCAGGGAGAGGGUUGCCGAUAGUGGUAAGAGUGGGGCUAAGCUCUUACUUCCGGGUUGUGUCCAGCAUUAUUCGGCCCAAGUUCCAUCACAAGGCGGAAUGCAUGUUACUUCUUGACAAAAUUUAUGACAAGAAACAUCAGACUCAGACAUUUCGAAGCUCCUGUAUAGUCUCGUGAUUGUUUACAUAUGUUUAUUGCCAUUCUUUAUCUAGAUGUAAGUUGAUGUAUGCACGCACGCAUCAGGAAACAUGUUACAUGUACUUUGCUGAUUGUUUUCAUUUCCGAACACUUUGUGGGAAGGAGU